UUUCGAUAUAAACAUUUUACCGUUUGAAUUCUUUUCGCCUACCACAUAUCGUGCCGCGCGAAACGUUCGAAGUAGGGAGAGUGUAUUUACACAAGGUAUACAUAUUUCACAUGUGAAACCACCACAUAAGUCAGUCAAUUGCAAUAUAUCCAACGAUCACCUUGUAUCGUGAAUCGUACUUUUAAUUAGCUUCGAUUUUCUUUACAGUUUGUACGAUCGCACCAAAAUCCAACGCACGAUUCAAAAUGAUCGAAAGUGUAAAUUUACCGAGCAUCCAUCCAAAUGGACCAUUCAAUAAGAUUAGUGACGCUCACAUCAGCGAUAAUUACCGUCUUAAAUUUCCGUUUCAUAUUAAACAAGUCGACCCGAUUAUCAACCAGAGUUUAAUCAAAGACUUCACUGGUGAGAAAGAUGGAUUCGUUCAAGUGGGUCCGAAGAAGUACCUUUUUCCUGGUACAUUUAAAAAGCAUGCCGAACACUUUUACAAUUUCAAAGCACGCAACGAUGAUAUCUGGAUUGCCACUUAUCCUCGUUCAGGAACAACAUGGACCCAAGAAUUGGUGUGGAUGAUUGCCAACGAUUUGGAUUAUGAAGCGGCGCAGCGCGAUUUUCUCACCAAACGAUCACCAUUUUUUGAAUUUUGCGUUUUUAUGCACGACAAAACCAAGCAAAUGUUCAUCGACGAACACGAGGGAAAUAUAAGAAAUCAAGAUACGAUCCGAGCAAUUAGCGUCCCGGGCUACGAAUUCAUUCCGAAUAUCGCUGAAAGGCGAUUUAUUAAAACCCAUUUACCAUUUUCAUUGAUGCCGCCAAGUGCGAUGAACGAACGUGCUAAAAUCAUUUACGUUGCUCGCAAUCCAAAAGACGUUGUGGUUUCGUAUUAUCAUCUGUCUCGCCUAUAUCGAACCACCGGCUAUGUUAACGAUUUCGAUCAGUUUUGGGAUUAUUUCGAAAACGAUUUAGUCGCUUGGUCUCCAUACUGGGAGCAUAUCAAAGAAGGCUGGGCUCAUCGUCAUGAGCCAAAUGUCUUAUUCAUGUUCUAUGAAGAAAUGAACAAAGAUCUUCCAGCGACAAUUCGUAAAGUGGCUAAAUUCCUGAACAAGUCCAUGAACGAGGAAGAAGUAGCAAAACUCUCCAAUUACUUAAACAUUGAAAACUUUCGCAAUAAUCCGGCCGUAAAUCAGCAUGAACUCCGUGAAAUUCGCAUUUUGAAUUCAACCGAACCAUCGUUUGUACGCAAUGGCAAGUCCACGCUCAAGGGAUGGCAGAAAGAAUACACACCAGAAAUUGUUGAACGUGUCGAGAAAUGGGUAGCUAAAAAUCUAUCUGAUACCACCUUACGUUUCCCAGAUUUCUCCUGAAUAAAUAUUUUCGUUAUUAAUUUAUUUUUUUCAUAUCAUUUUGUCCAAAUGAUGAAUCUCUUUUUUUAAAUAUCAGCGUGUUUUUCUUUUCUUGAUAUGAGCAAUGUUUUUUUAGAGAUAUCAUUUGGUUUAGAUUAAGACUCAACUGUUACUGGAUUUGUUGAAUCGUUAUGCAUUUUUUGACUACUUUGUAUAUUUUUGAAUGUUAUACAUGAAUUUAUUUUUAUAUAGUUGAAUUGAAUAGAAAAUGAAAGAAAACAAA